GUCAAUCAUCAGAGACAUUUUCAAAUGUCAAACAUACUUACGUCCUAGUUCUUUUCUACCUUCCAUCUCUUCAUUCGCAGUCGUCCCCUCCACCCGUCUUUAAUUCUUUCAACCCAUUCGCGUCGUUACUUUCAAUCCUACAACUCUUCGGCAGUCAUGGCUUCUCAUGGAUCUAUUACGGCGAUCAAUCCAUCAGAUCCGCUAUCUUCAUCACACAUAAUUUCAUCGUCCCAUUCAUCCCUUUCCAAUUCCCUUUCCUCAUCUCGCCAUUCAUCUCAAAUAUCCAAAACGUAUCGUCAAGCCUCAACGCUCUUUUUAACGCGUCGUCUCCCUGAAUCGCUCUCAACCAUUCUACCAGUAAUUACACCAUCCUCUCCCUCCGAUACCGAGAACGCCAAUCCCGAUGACCCUGCAAAAUCCGCCGCCCCAAUAUCAAAAGCUUCCCGUACGACUCGCAUCAAAGUCUGGAGUUUAUACCUCACAAUCUUGAAUGCGAUUCUGGAAUUGGACCCUGCCGAAGGAAAACAAGCAUUCGGAACAAGUCAAUUCAGGGCACUCGUCGCCAAGGUGAGGGACGGAGAAGUUUGGGAGGAGGUUGUUAAAAACGGAUAUCAUGGAAUUGAAGGGGAUGUAGAUUCAGACGUCGUCAUAAACUUAGCAACUCUUCUCUUGGCUCAUGCUCGCACCCAAAAGGUGAACCAGACUCGUCUCGAAACAUAUCUCGCAACAUCAAAUACACCAUCCCUCUCUAUGUCCCAAUCCUCUACACCGACGACCUCAAAUCCAUUCCCAGGUUCCAAACGUCGUUCCCAACCGGGAGCAGAUACACCCCGAGACUUAAAUGCUCGUGUAAAGAUUCUAGAACUCUAUACCCUACAUGUCUUGCUUCGAAAUAAUGAGUGGGAUUACGCGAAAGAAUUUAUCACCAUUAGUGAAGUUUUGGACGAUGAAAGAAGAGAGGCUUUCCUUGGCGCAUUAAGAAGUCUUAAGGAAGAAAGCGAGGAAGGAGAGAGGAGAGAGCGAUUAGAAAAGGAAUACAGAGAAGAGCAACUCAAGAGAGAUAUAGAAGAGAGUCGACGUCGGAGGGAAGAAGAUGAAAGGAGACGAGAAGAAAUGGAUAAGAAAUCCAGAGCAAGCGUAGGAGGGACAUCAGAGGUCGACUACGGAAUUGAAGAUGAAGCUCCAGUAAUGACUAAUGGAUCCGUAACAUCAUCUUCUGCGCCUAACAAUCCUCGACAUUCCAAAUCCUCCAAAUCUUCGACCACCAAACCACAUCCUCGAAAAUCAGUAGAAGAAAAAAAACAGAAAACUAUAAUAGAAAAGGUGGGAAUUAUAAUGCGUAAUUUGACAUUGGUAUUUCAGAAUAUGGGUGGAAAUUUUAAUUUGAGAAACCCGAUGGUCAUGUUAAGAAUGGUCGCUUUCGUGGCUGGGAUAGCAGUUGUGUUCGGAAGGAGAGAGGUCAGGGAAAGAAUCCGAAGGAUGAUGAGUGAGGGAUUGGGCAGAGUCAAGAGAACAAUAGGGAUGGGAGUCAAGGUUAGCUAUAUUUAAUGAAGAGGAAAGCUGGUGCAAAGCCAAAUAAUCAACUGGGGUUUCAUUUGUGGAUUUCUUUACUUAUCGACGGGAGAGGGAUGGAUAUUAUGGACUUUGUUUCUACGUUGAGGUUGGAUUGAAUUGGGAGUCUUCUGCUUUUAUGCGAAACAGAGGCUUUGUCUGUACUUAUAUUAUGAUUUUUUAUUUUCUAGGGGUGAAAAGGGGGGUGGAUUGAACGACGGAUACCUGAGAGGAAUACCUACGAAGCGAGGGGGGGUUAGGAAGAGGAGUGGAGGAGUUUACAUUGUGAGUUCAUUUGUUUUACAGCUGUGAUGUAUGAAAAUUUUGAAGCAAAAAGACGAGCAAGGAACAGCAGAUACCAAUGAGGUUAUAUAGAACA